AUGGUGCGCCAAGUGCUAAUGGAUGAUGAUUUCAAUGAGACUUUGCUCAAUUUCAAUGUUGUAUUGUGGGGUGUUGAUCCAAGAACAGCUGCAGGAAAAGAUGCUUCGUACAGAUUGCGAGUUUCAACAUUUCCAGCAUUUGCCGCUUUGUCGACCCGUGAUCACAGCAUGCUGAUGCGUGUCGAAAUGCCCGUCGAAGCUCGCCAGAUUUGGCCUCUGCUUCGUCAGUGUGCUCUGGAGGAAAUGGAACAACGUGAGGAGGAAGAAUUUAGAAAGCGCGUACUUCGUGAAAAUCGUCAGCUAAUGCAGCAACAGGAAAGGGAGUAUCGUGAAAGUGAGGAGCGCGACAGGGCCCUGAUGGCUGAGCGUCGUCGUCAGCAGGAAUUAAAGGAGGCAGCACUUCUGAAGCAACAAGAAGAGGAGAGGGAGCGUCAAGACAAGUUUGAAUGGCGCCUAAACAAACUGCAUGAAAUGCGAGAUGAGUUCCUGGCGAACCCUGUCUCAGACGAUUUUGACGGACCGGAUUCCAUCCGAGUGAUUGUGCGCUAUCCAUCUGGGAAUACCAGUCAGCAUAAGUUUGCGCCAGAAGAUAACACCGAGAAGCUGUUUGAAGUUAUUUUUGUGAAAACGGUGUGCCCCAAUUUUUUCGAGGCCCAUUACGGUUAUCCUCGUAUCAAGCUCGACUUCUGUCCUCGAAGAUAUUACGAUAUUUUGUGUGAUCAUCGUGAGUCGAUGGGUCUGGAAAAUUACCCGUAUGUGGAACCGAAGACGUUCAAGGAGCUCGGUAUUAAAUCUUCCCUGGCUCUCUACGUCAAUGAUGUUGACUCUUAA